ACCUCCUAAUUAUGUAGUAGGGUAAGUCAGGGUCGAUCCCACAGAGAGAAGGUUGUUUAACAAUCAACUUUAACCAAUGACAAAACUAAAUAAGAGAUAAAACGAUGGAUUUAAUAACUAUGACUACUCAAAUAUCAAACAUAAGUCAAAAAUAAUAAAAACAUCUAGAAUUAAGUAUCACCACUAGCAUAAUCAAUACAAGACAAAUUCCUACCCCAACCAAUUAAUUACACGUUCACAAGGAAAGGUACGCCCUAUAAAAUACCAAAGGUCUCUUCCGAGUUAUCAAUGGCUUCCCAAAUCAACUAUCAAGCCUAUUUCCAUGGAAUCAAGCAAAUAAGGGACAUUAAGUCUGGCACCCUAACUUCCUAAUAAUCCGUUCUACCUACUUCCGUGGAGAAUUUCAUACCCUUAAUUGAUCUAUUCAAAUCCGUCAAAACCCAACUCCCGUUGCGAUCAAGACAAUGGAAUAAUAACAAUACCAAUUAUCCCUAAUAAUCCAGUAUUGGCAUAAGCACAAUCAAUUAAGUAUGAACAAUAUAAAUAAUUAAUUAAGAAUUUAAAAGAAUAAAUCAAGUAUUAAUCAUGUCUAGGGUUCAACCUCACCCUAGAUUAAUAAUCUACAUGAACAUCAUAAAAACAAUAAUAAAAUAAAGAGAAUGAUAGUAUUAAAGUAAUAAGAAAACAAAAUAAUAAAUCUUAAUAUGAAAAGAAUAAUAGAAAAGAAAAUUAAAACUAAAUCUAUAACCCUUAAAAAGUAAGGAAAUCGCCCCCCCUCUGUUAUGAACAGUACCCCGCUUAUUUUUCCUUCUUAUGAACAGUUUCUCUUUUCGCUGAACACUGCCCUUUGUGUGCUGACGAUUUUACCCCGGCUUUUUAUUGUUUUCCUACCCCGGCUUCGCUGAACAGUGCCCUUAUACAUAUAUAUAUAUAUUGCGUUUUUCCUCUCUCUCUCCUUCACAUUUCUUUGCUUGUUGCGGCUUUUCGGUUCUUCUGCAUUUGUUCUUUUGCUUUGUUUAUUAAUUGCAAUAUUAAUUGCAAUUUCUUCUUUCAGGCAAACAAUCAUCAUCAUCAUAGCCUGAAAGAAUCCAGGCUAAACCCAUUUAUUAUUAAUAAUGGAGGGUGCAGAAAAAGUUGCGUUGGCGAUUGAAAAAUAUGAAGAUUUUUGUCGGGUGCAUGAUCGUAUUUUGGAGGUUUUGAAAUUAGGUGCUAUUGAAAUGAAAAAGGAUGUUUUACGCAAGAGGGAUGAGGUUGAUUUGGUGUUGAAGGAUGCCGGUGAAGGUGUGCAAAGUGCAAUUGACGAGGCACCAAUUGUGGUAGUUGCUUUUGGCGGGUUCUUAAAUCGGUUGAAGCGUGUUGCAGACGAAGGUGCUGCGCAGUUGAAAAGGUUGCGUGAAGAUGAGCAGAUGGAGAGGGAGAAAAUUGAUUUGGUGUUGUUGGAGUACAAUAAAUAGGCAAUUUUUAGGUGUUGGUACAUUUAAUAAGUACAUUGGAUAAGAUAGUGUGGUUUUUAAGUUUAUGUAUGUUUUGUGGGAUAAAUGUACUGUGUGUUCUGGUUAUUUUAAAGAUUUAUUGAACCAUGAUGGGUAUGGUGGUAUAUAUAUAGUAAAAAAUAGGUCAUUAUCUGUUUGAAUUUCAAAUUCUUGAGCGCUGUUAUGUCUAUAAUGUUUUAAAGUUUGUCGGUGGUUUUAAUGGUGUUUUAAAUCUAAAGGGUGAGUGGAUAACAUACUACUCUUAUAAAACGAUCCCGGAGACAACUACACCGUACGUAGAGCUACGUGUGUUUGGAGUUGGCUAGCUGAUGUGUUCUGCGAUUUACUGUGUUGCAUUUUUUUGCUAAGGUUUUAAAAAAAGCUUUUUUUGUAUGAUUCGGCAACCGUGUCAUUGUUUAGGAAAGUAUAUCGGACACUGUGACAUAAAUAUGUGUACGCCGUGGUUCUUCGAUGAUAUGGUCGUCGAUGUGGCUGAAGUGAAGACAAGAAAUAAAUUUGGAAGAAAUUUGCUUCCCGU